AUGAUGACAGCCCAAGGAAUUGCCAAUUCGAUUUGGGCAGUGGCAAAACUAGCCAAUACUUUUAAUUCUGAGGCCUGGGCGAGCUUGCUACCUUCACUGGUGAGCAAGGUCCGCGUUGUGGUGCCUGAUAUGAUAGCUCAGCAUACUUCAAAUGUGAUAUGGGCCACCGGGCAGCUUUCAGUUGAUCCCAGUCAUGCUGCUAUAUCUCAGAGUUUGCGCGAGGUGCUCCCGCUUGUUGUCACCCAAGCCGGCACUGUGCUAGCUUCAGCCACGGCCCAAGAGCUGGCAAAUGCUUGCUGGGGCUUGGCACUAUGUGACUACACAGAUGCGAGCUUCCUCCGAUCUGCGGCUGACAAGGUGACAAAUGAGGCUGCUGGGUGGAAGCCGGUGGGUGCCCAGCUGGACUUGCCAUUUGUGCUUUGCUCCUUCGCAAGGCUGCACGCUGACGGACAUGAUGACAUGAUGAAUGCCGCUGCCGAAAAGUUGGCUCCAAUGCUGAGUCAGGUCAACGACUGGGGCCUGUGCGCCGUGUUCUGGUCAUACCAGCAGCUGGACAUCAAUGACAACCUGCUUGCCUUUCGGCGAAACCUGAAUGUAGAAGUGAAGCGCCGCCAGCUUUCAGACCAGGAUGUGGUGCGUAGUCGGCUGGGGCCAGAGGCGUGGUAG